AUGGGCCAAAAGUGCCCAGGCUACCGCGACCCCUCCAGCCUGAUUUUUCGCGACGAAAGCAGCCAAGUCAUUGAUAAGGCUCGCUCGAGAAUCAACAAACGUUCCGCUCCCACUUCUCAACAAACUUCACAGCCCUCUUCCGCCCAGCGCUCGCCAGUCCCUCAUCCUGCCACCGCUCCGCGCUCACAACCCUCGCCGCACCAGUUCCCCCCGCAAAAGAUGUCCAGCGUCGAGGAUAUGCUCGGCGACAUGGGCGACGGCAUGUUUGCCAACAAUUCAUUCAACUUUGACCUACUCGGCUUCAACACGCCCUUCAACACGGAUGGCGGUCUAUUUAGCCUAGCCACGGACAACUCCGACGCCAUCAUGACGGGCACGGAUUCUACCAGCGCCAGCGCCAUCAAUUCAGGUGCCGCCUCUGCCGUUGAUGUACCCCGCGACACGGUUGGCCGUAGCUCCUCGGCUGGAAUGGAGCUUGCCCCCACUGCUGCCUCGCCUGGUGGCUCUAGCCAGGACGGUAGCAUCCAGCGCCCGCUGUCAUUGCCGCUGGACAUGAUCGGCCUCGACUUUUUUCUCACACACUACGUGGUCCAUCAGUCGGGUCCAUCGUCGGGCUUUCUUGACUAUGUGGUGACUAUUUUGGCGCGCGAAGAGGGCCAUGAGUUGCUAGAAGGCGCCGUCCUUGCCGUUGGCUUCGCUGGCCUGGCACGCACCACCAAGCAGACCGACCUAAUGUGUCGCUCCAUCAUGAUGUACACGCGGACCAUGGAGCGUGUCAACCGUGCCCUAGCCGACCCUGUGGCUGCGCGCCGCGACAGCACGAUUGUCACGGUGCUUGUUUUGGCCCUUUACGAGUUUAGCAAGGCUUCCCUAGAUGGCUGGAAGCAGCACAUUGACGGUGCCGUCUCCUUACUCAACGUCCGCGGCAAGGCUCAGUUUACCACGCCCACCGGUCUGCAAAUAUUCAAAGAUGUCUUUACACAGCUCCUCACCAACUGCUUGCGCGUGGGUGUACCCAUACCCUCCAGCCUGCGUAUGCUGCGCACUGAAGCAUCCAAGGCCUUUUCCGUCUCAGACCCUUACUGGAUUGCCGCCAGUGCCAUGGUCGAGCUCCUCGACCUAUACCACCAGAUCUCCCCUGGCGGUUACAGCUACAUCAACCACAACCACAACGCGCCCAUCCCUGGCAACUCAUCAUCCUCAGCCACAUCCGCUUCCUCUUCCAACUCGGCCAACAAAAAGGCUGCGCUCAAUCUAUCCAUUGAAGAUUUGGAGCGCUACCUGUCACAAGCUCUCGACCUUGACUACCGUCUAGAGAGUAGCUUUGCCGAAUGUCAACCGGAAUGGUGCUACGCCAUUAUGCCGAACCCGCCGCUCGCGGCCCUCGACACGUCACGUUUCCACGGUGAAGUGCAUCACCUUUAUCACGACGUCUACAUUGCCAAUGUUUGGAACAGAAUGCGCACAUGCCGCAUUCUGGCCAACCAUGCGAUCGGAUAUCUGCUCCUGCGCGGUGCCAAUAUUGACCCCAACUGGUUCUUCUCAAACAACUACGUCGAUCGUCUCCAGGCUGUCUCUAAGACCAUGGCGCUCGUCCGUGCUGAUCUGCUGGCUUCGGUACCUCAACUCAUGGGCUAUGUGACUUCGCUAGCUCAGCAGCAGGUGCAGCAUGAGCAGCAAAUGUACCGUCCCAAGGGCAUGACCCCCGUGGCGACGUCAGACUCUGGCAUCGACGUUGGAGAUGCUACCUCCCCGCCCUACUCCCCCACCUCCAUUUUCGGAUCGUCAGAGCCCGUCAGUGGCUAUACGGGCUCGGCCGCCGGCGCGUACUUUGCAACCUGGGUGCUCCUUACUGUGGGCUGCAUGCACAGCCUGACGGACGAGACUCGUGCCUGGACGGUGAAUCAGCUAAAGCGUAUUAGCACGCAGGCCGGCUUUACGCAGGCCGAUGACUUUGCCAAGUUUAUUGAGCACCACAACCUUCGCCCUCCUCUGAAAUAG